CUGCCAUGGCAAUGGCGGCGAUGGCGCUGACGGUGGCGAUGGCGAUGGGGGUGGCUGAAGCCUUUAUGGCUCCUUCCUCCUCCUGCUCCUUCUCGACAUCCAUAUCCUCUUCUUUCUCCGCACGUUCUAAGUUCCUCGGAGCCUCAGUGACAAGGAUGCAACAGAAGCCUUCCAAGCUGUGUGGGGCUGGAAGCCGCAGCAUCCAGAUCGGAGGGAUGAACAUGGUGGCUAGCGCAGAUGCUGAGGCAAGAGCAGCUGCUGCGAUGGAGAUGGAGACCAAGGGAUACCAGAAGUCCGCCAUGUCAAAGAGCAACCUGCCCCUCUCCCUCAUCGUCGGGCAACAACCAAUCAAGACAGCUCUCCUGCUCGCUGCUGUGAACCCUCAGAUGGGAGGAGUGAUCAUUGCAGGAGGAAGGGGAACAGGAAAGUCUGUCAUGGCUCGUGCGCUUCACAGGCUCCUCCCUCCCAUCGAGAUCGUCAAGGGGUCCAAGUUCAACAUCGACCCCAAUGAUGAGAGGGGCGAGAUCGACGACUUCCUGGCCAACGAGCUCGCGGCAUCGGGCAAGGACUUCAAGGACCUUGAGACGGAAGUCAUCGAGUGCCCCUUCGUCCAGGUUCCUCUCAACGUGCUUGACGACCGUCUCCUCGGAUCCGUAGACGUGGAGCAGUCAGUGAGGCAGGGCAAGACCGUCUUUGAGCCCGGGCUGCUGGCCAAGGCCCAUCGGGGCGUCUUGUACGUGGACGACAUCAAUCUUCUUGACAACGAGCUGUCGAACAUCCUCCUGUCUGUCGUGUCGGAGGGCUGGGUGAACGUAGAGAGGGAGGGGAUCAGCGUUCGCUACCCCUGCCGCCCGCUGCUCAUCGCAACCUUCAAUCCCGAGGAGUCGGAGCUCCGCUCUCACCUUCUCGACCGCAUUGCCGUCUCUCUCUCCGCGGACGCAAACCCCCUCAGCCUUGACGAUCGUGUCGAGGCCGUCAACAGCUACUUGGGCUUUGCUGAGAAGACGAUGACUGCUGAUGAUAUCCAGGACAUGGAGGACAGUGAGGAGUCUCUGAGGACGCGCAUCAUCUUUGCCCGCGAGGAUCUCAAGGAGACCAAGAUCUCUCCGAAGCAGAUCGCGUAUCUUUGCGGAGAGGCCUCCCGUGCUGGAGUUCAGGGUCAUCGCGCUGAAUUGUUCGCGUGCGAAGUUGCCAAGGCCAACGCGGCGCUGAACUCAAGAGCUGUAAAUGCUGACGACUUGAAGCAGAGCCGCGAGGAGACCGAAGAUGAUGUUGAUGAGGAGGACACUGACCAGCCUGACAACGAGAAUGAAGAAGAGGAGCAAGCUGAGCCCGAACCCGAGAUCCCACAGGUGCCUCCUCCUCCCUCCCCUCCUCCUCUCCCUCCUCCCCUGACACUCACACAGGAGUUCAUGUUCGAGGCGGAGGACACGGUUGUAGAUGCAGAGCUUCUCAACUUCAUGACGAAGCAGAAGAGCGGGUCAUCAGGAGGACGAGGAUUGAUUUUCAGCCAGGAGCGAGGUCGGUACAUCAAGGCGAUGCUUCCUCGGGGCCGCGUGACGAGGCUGGCGGUUGACGCGACGAUGAGAGCGUCUGCCCCCUACCAGGCGUCGAGGAGGAGAAGAGCUGAGGACGCACAGGCUGCUGGGGGCAAAAAGGGGCUGAGGAGGGUUUACAUCGAGAACUCGGAUGUUCGCAUCAAGAAGAUGGUUAGGAAGGCUGGCGCUCUUGUCAUCUUUGCCGUGGAUGCGUCAGGCAGCAUGGCGCUCAACCGCAUGAACGCGGCCAAGGGAGCAUGCAUGUCCCUCCUGUCUGAAGCAUACCAGAGCAGAGACAAGAUCUGCCUGAUUCCCUUCCAGGGCGACAAGGCAGACGUUCUCCUCCCUCCCACCCGCUCCAUCGCCAUGGCCAAGAAGCGCCUCGAGACUCUUCCCUGCGGAGGAGGGAGCCCUCUAGCGCACGCGCUCUCUGUUGCCAUGAGAACGGGCAUCAACGCGCAGAAGUCUGGGGAUGUCGGCAAGGUUGUCGUCGUCGCCAUCACUGACGGACGUGCCAACGUCCCGCUCGCAGUCAGUGAGGAUGGAGAAGUCUUGACGCCCGAGAUGCAGAAGGACAAGAAGGCGCUCAAGGAGGAGCUCAUCGCCACUGCCCGUCAGAUGCGCGGGCUCUCCAACUUCAACCUCGUUGUGCUGGACACGGAGAACAAGUUUGUCAGCACGGGAUCCGCCAAGGAGCUCGCAGAGGCUGCGGGGGGAAGGUACCACUACAUCCCCAAGGCUGAUGAUGCCUCGAUCGCGGGAGUAGCGAAGGAAGCUAUCGCAAGCUUUGGGCUCAAGUAAAGGAAGGGGACAAUGACUGAGGGUGUAGGAGGAAGGGUGGAGUAAAGAAAGGAAAAGAAUGAGGAGGUGCAGAGUAGUGAGCAUGUGCAGUUUAUUGAUUCCUCCACUGAAGUGAUGGAUAUUCUUGCUCAUCAUUCAUGAUGAUGAAUACGAGUAGGAUGAUCAAGUGAUGAUGAUGAUGGCGAUGUGACGAUGAACGAUCGUUGUAAUAAACUUCAACUCUAUGAGG